AUGCAUCCGAAAAAGAUGGGCUAUCGGUACAUUAAUGCCAGUUUCAUUCCAUUGGGAGUGACCAGCCUAGUCCCCACGGAGCGCCCUUCUGUAGCAGCAGGAAAGAAAUGUUGCCAAGGAAACGCGAAAAGGAAAGCAGAAGCCAAGAAGACCAUCUUCAAUAGCUGCGGAUGUAGUUUCAUUUGGACUGCGACCAAUAAAAGAAAUUCUAUCGAAAAGGCCCACGUGAAAAAACCCCUCAUUCUCGUCAACUGUACAUACGUCGCCUUCCAUUGUCUUAGCGAAGAUUUCAACGUACUCUUGCGUGCCGGGAAGUUCCUUCCUUACCCUAACCAGUCCAUAGAUAGGGCGGAAUGCUUUUUUAACCGUGCCUUAUGCUCUUUUUUGUCUCUUGUACUCGGCUUGGAUUUGAGUCUUAUUUUGGUCAAACUAAAAUCAACGCUCCUUUUGAAAUUGUUCCGCGUACUCUUUUAUCGGCUUCUUGGUUUGGAGGUUCCUAUUUUCGUUCUGGUUUUUCUUGUUUUUUCGAUAGAAGAUUCCAGCUUGCAUAUGAUGGAUCCUGCAGGAGGUCAACCUGCUGCCAAUCCUGCAGCGGAGACACCUUCACGGUGGACCAGUAGAUUUUGGGAUAAAUUGACUUAUUGUUUAGUCCCCAAAACCCAAGAUGGCGUGGAUUCUAUUUCUAGCGCAGAACCUACAAUAUCCACUUGGGUGGACGACGUUGAUGUUCCCGUAGAAUCUCCCGAUGAUACUAUAAAUAAUCUUAGGGAGAAAUGUGCUAAAAUAAUAGCAUCGUUCGCUAGAACGGACUACAGGCACCACUUGACUUUUCAUGACAGCCUUGUGUUGGAAAGAAAAGAAGGGACCUCUGAACCGGGGGCCACCAGGGAAGACUUCCAACGUCUGCUUGGAGAAUUACAAAAUCCAGGAGAGAGCGACGUCUAUCUUCGGGUUUUAAAGGCCCUUACGCAGCAUCCACGCUAA